UGGUUUGUGAUAAAAACAAAAAACUGGAGACUUUUUUUGAUUCAGUGUGAUUUUGAUUUUGAGUGUUUUUGCUAAAGUUCCAAUAAGAGUUUACCGGAUACAACAAAUUGCGGCGAUCCCGGCAAUCGUCUAUAUUCCAGUUUCGCUGAACUAGAAAAUCUUCACUUCAUGCUCAUGUAUAACCCCGGAGUCAUGUUGAGGAAAGGAGCCAUUGGGGCGUGACCGUGGAGGCGUCAUGAGCGCGGCCGCGCUGCGGGCGGACGGCGCGGGCGACUCCACGCCCGGCUCCGACGUCGGCGAGCGGAUCACGCGGCUCUUCCCCAAGUGCCGCCCCAAGAACAUGCAGCACCAACACGAGAGACUGAGCUCCACGCUGGAGGGGCGCGAGAGAGAACGGGACAACAAUGUCAACAACGUCUCCUCGGACGACGAGAGAGGGGAGGGGCAGCUUGUCAUCCUUAACUCUAAAGGUGGCACUUACAAACUCAGAGAUUCUAGGAUAAUAGAAAUAGCGGGAGGUCGGGAAAUAUACUCGCAGAGCCGGACCAAGGCCGUGCGGAAGCUGCGACACAACAACACACACAAACACAACAUGAGGAACAAAGUGCGCUCCCUAAACAAGGACACUGUCGACUACGGCACGGAGAACAUUACAAAUGAGAUCCCAUUACAUAGGAUAAACAGUGAGCCCAAAAAGAUGGUGUCCAGACACACGUCGCCCACUUACACGAAUGGGGACAGGGAACCCAUAAUCGAAGCCAACCCCAUGGGCAUUCCCAAAAACAGUUCUCCAAUACUCGACCCCCAUAAAACUACAGAUGUCAGCACAAAAAGCAGCCCCAUAGCUGUAGUGGCUGAUGGGGAAGUCGUUGUUUUUGACGACAACGACGACUGGAAAGUGAUAUUGAAUUCUGUGUCUCUAGGUUUGAGGACGGAACCCGAUGCUAGUGAUGACGAGAUAGAUAUGAGUGUAAAAAGGACUAUUGACAAUAUGAAAAACGGUGACAGUGAUAUGUUGAACAAUAAGAGUGAGAGUGACGCGGGUAGUGAGUCAACUCCGUCGCGGGAAGACGUGCGGCUGAGUGACGCCAGUCCCUCCGGGGUGUGGUUGUCUGGUGAUGAGGACAAGAACAGGGUUACUAGAGUGAUAGGGGAACUGCCUAUAGCUGAAUACGAGGGGUCGCCGCGGAGGUACGGCAUUGUAGCUCAAAAAACGACAAAUAGAUCGCCGAGGCCCGGCUUCCCACAGAGGGUAGUGACAGAAAGCAGAGACAUUUCACCGCCGUCCGGGUCGGCGGCGUUCGACUACCUGUACGAAUUUUCGGAAACUAGAAAAGUAUUAGAAGAGUUCUUCAGAUGUCCCGCUGUUACGGGCCACGCUCAGUUGAACAGCAACGACGAGAUUGUUAAUUUUCAGGACUUAGACUACGAGCUACGGAGGCAGACGCAGGAGUGUCCCUCGGAGAAUGGACUGGAGGCCGGCAGCGAGUCCGAGUGGCCGCAUGUUACUGACACCUUGGACUCGCCGCAUACGGCGCAUAAUCACACAAACUUCUUGGGACUACAGCAACAAAGAUCAGUAUCCCGGUACCCUGAGCCCAACGUAUCCGAGCUAAGCGUGGGCGCAGCAUGGAGCGGCUCGGCCUCACCAGCGGCGCCGGCGCGGCGCGAAAGAGAGCGAGAUCGCGUGCCUUUCGCACUGUCGUCCGACACUAGUGACAGCGGCAGCGACCUGUCACUCAUGAUCAUGGAAAAUGACUUGGCAGAGAUGAAAGCAAACGCAAUACAGAUGGAAACCGCGCGGGUGGUGGUGACGCACUUGCCAGUAGUCGAGGACGGCCUGUCUUCCGGACACGCGUCGGACACCGACAAUAAUAACCAGAACCAUUCAUCAGUUAUAAUAGAAGAAAUUAUUGAGAAUGGAACUGCAGAUUCUCAUGUGCCUCUUUCGGAUGCUGACUUACACUCCCUGGAUCCACUAGCGUGCAGCGAAGUCCCGCCGCCACCACCGGCACCGGCGCCUCACAGGCCGCCCGAAGCGCCGCACGCGCCGCUCGCCGCACUCGCACCGCGUUCACACCACUCGCCCCGCGCGCCGCCCUCGCAGCAUUCCCAGCAUACGCCGCACCACCACCAUCCGCCUCACCACGAAGAUGUGUACCCGCCCAGAAAAAGGCCAUCUUCAGCACAGAGUACGGAAUCAGUAGAAGUGAAACCAGCAAGCGGUGAUGAAGAUGAAGCAGACACGGACUUGGAGACAGAUAGAUUGCUGGGUCAGCAAAGAACAGACGAUCAAGGCUUCUUUGACGAUAAAGGCUGGCGCAAGCCGAAGUCGCGCACGGUUAUGCCGGCAGGCAGCGUGUCGGGUGCUCGCUCGCCGCACGCGCACGAUGCCGAUGCGCGCGACGACGAUGCUCUGGCGUUGCACAAUGGCAAGGACAAAGAUGGAAAGAAGAAAAGUAGUAAAAGCAAAGAAGACUGGGCACCUUCAGUUCUGAUCGAAGGCGUUUUAUUCCGUGCGCGGUAUCUGGGCUCGACACAACUUGCUUGCGAGGGUCAACCUACGAAGGCUACAAGAAUGCUACAGGCAGAGGAAGCCGUCUCCAGGAUCAAGGCUCCCGAAGGUGAAAACCAGCCAAGUACGGAAGUGGACCUUUUUAUAUCUACAGAGAAGAUUAUGGUCCUAAACACAGAACUGAAGGAAAUCAUGAUGGACCACGCCCUCAGGACAAUAUCGUACAUAGCUGAUAUUGGAGAUUUAGUUGUGCUCAUGGCCAGGAGAAGAUUCGUGCCUCACGAAACCGACUCCGAUCAACCGAAAUUGAACCGUACGCCCAAGAUGAUUUGCCACGUUUUCGAAAGCGAGGAGGCCCAAUUCAUAGCUCAAUCGAUCGGGCAAGCGUUCCAAGUGGCAUACAUGGAGUUUCUCAAAGCCAAUGGCAUCGAGGACCACAGCUUCGUCAAAGAGAUGGACUACCAGGAAGUCCUGAACAGCCAGGAGAUAUUCGGCGACGAGUUACAGAUGUUUGCGAAGAAGGAACUGCAGAAAGAAGUGGUGGUGCCCAAGACUAAGGGGGAGAUAUUGGGGGUGGUUGUGGUGGAGUCGGGAUGGGGUUCCAUGCUGCCGACGGUGGUGAUAGCGAAUCUAGCGCCGGCCGGUGCCGCGGCGAGGUGUGGGCAGCUGAAUAUAGGUGAUCAAAUAAUAGCAAUCAACGGCGUGAGCCUUGUCGGCCUGCCAUUAUCAACUUGUCAGACCUAUAUCAAGAACUCCAAGAACCAGACCGUGGUGAAACUGACCGUGGUACCGUGCGCGCCCGUGGUGGAAGUCAAGAUCAAGCGGCCCGACACCAAGUACCAGCUUGGGUUCAGCGUGCAAAAUGGUGUGAUAUGCAGCUUACUCCGCGGCGGCAUAGCGGAGCGCGGCGGCGUGCGCGUCGGCCACCGCAUCAUCGAGAUCAACUCGCAGAGCGUCGUCGCCGUGCCGCACGAGCGCAUCGUCAACUUACUGGCCACUUCUGUGGGCGAGAUCCUAAUGAAGACGAUGCCGACGUCGAUGUUCCGGCUGCUGACCGGGCAGGAGAACCCGGUGUUCAUCUAAGCGCGCGCGCCGCCGCCACAAGUGCCUGCUUACAUAUACGCGCCCACGCGAGCUCUGUUCUCGGCCUGUAUACGGUAUAGCGACACCCUGUAUGGUAUAGCUAUUAUUACACAGGUACAGGUUAUUACCUGUAUACGGUAUGGCAACAACCUGUAUACGGUAUGGCAACACCCUGUAUGGUAUAGCAAUAACCUGUAUACAUAGCAACAACCUGUAUACAUUAUAGCAACAACCUGUAUACGGUAUGGAAACACCCUGUAUGGUAUAGCAAUAACCUGUAUACAUAGCAACAACCUGUAUACAUAGCAACAACCUGUAUACAUAGCAACAACCUGUAUACAUAGCAACAACCUGUAUACAUUAUAGCAACAACCUGUACUGACUGUAUUUACAAGCCAUCUUAUAGAUAGAGGUACCCACUAUGUUGUCCAAUACAUGACAACCCUCUAUAUAGUACAGUACAGUCGUAUUCUGUAUAAAGAUUAUUUUGUCCAAUAUACAGUACAGUAAAACUGCCUCUUUCUUAAUAAUUUGAACGAUAAAGUUCCUUUGAGAAAAUGCGUCACUUGUGGAGGACCUCAUAUCAAAAGUUAGUUCUUUAUUGUUAUUACCUACCUAUAAUGUAAAGGAAAAUCUACAGGGAGCUGCUUACCAAAAACCGUGGACAUAACAAAUAUUGUACUAAAGGCGAGAAUAGAGCUAAACAGUAGCUUAGCUGACAAAAAUACUCAAACAACUAAGUUAUGUGAUGUCAAGUUUCAAAUGCUUAUAUGCUUACGUGGCUAGGUAAGAUAGGUCAUAAGUUGUACUCUGUAACUUUCGUCUCACCGGUUUGUAUUUGCUACGUCGAAUUUUAGUUUUAAGUCCGAAAAUCUACGUCAAGAUUACACAUACAUUCAGAAAGAGAUGAUUCGACACUGGAUAAUAUUGAUCACGUUCUUAAAUGGGUCCAAUUCUGAUACGUUCAUUAUUUUCAAAAGUAAGCCAUCUCUUUUCUUUCAAUAAAUGAAGAAGAACACUAGUAACAGAGAGUUUCAUAAUGAAAUCCUGCUAGAAUGACGGAAAGAAUUGAAUAAUAUCAGAAUUGGAUCCAUCUGGUUGUUUGACGUUAACGGUAGCAAGUCCAAAUCGGCUUACGUAUUCUCAUGACAAUGUGUAUACAUAUACAAUCCAUUUAACGAAUGAUUAUAUCAACCCACUCAUAUCUGCUUAGAUAGUUUCGUAUUUACUAUUGUCAGUCAAGUCUGUUGUAUGGUUUACUAAUAUUUUUUCCCCUUUCCUAAUUUUUCAUGACACAUUUUACCGAGAAUAUUAAAUAGUUUUAAAUAAAUGUUUAAUAUAAGCGGUAUUGUAAAGGGCCUAGUUGUAAAACGACCUUGGUAUUAUGGUUUUCAUUGGUAGAAGAAAGAUUGGUAUGGUGUUAGUAAAAAUUGGUUUUCGAUAUGAAAGAUUGAAUGGUUUAAGAAUACCACCAAUUUCUCGAACAUUUCUUUAGAAGUUUCUCGAAAGUUUGUUUAAUUUCUUAACAGUUGCUGAAAUUGUAAAAAUACUCCACAAACCAAAUUGACCACGUUGAAGUGUUCGGGAAACUAUAGUUUUAGGAUCUGUUUGGUAAAAUAUUUUCCUCAAGCCAUAUUUUUAUUAUUGCCAUUUUUUUAUUCUAGUUGUUUUUACGAUCUGUUGUUAAAUGAAGAACAAUUUUUAAUAUUCUAAUUACGUUUUCACUUGUAUCGAGCCAUUCCAACAUUUUACAUUAUAUUUAUUUUAUUAAUUAGGUAGAUAUUUUAUCAUAGGAAUUCGAAAUGUAUAUUUUAUAUUUUUUAUAGUGUGCGUUAUUCUAUUCUUUGUUUCUCUUGUCGACAUUGCACCAUAGUUCAAAUCCAUUUCAUACGAGACUUCUUUGGCAAAACAACAUAUUUGAGGAUUCUGAGCUAAAUAUCAAGUAUCGAAUGUAUAAAUAUCGACGUGUGAUUUUGAAGUGUUGUUCUGUCGGAGAGGUCACACGUGUAAAGCUUAGAUAGAGCAUCCAGGUUCCCAAAAUGAUUGUGAUUCAGGCGCGCAGCAUCGUUCGUGUCAGCAUCUUUAUCAAAUGCCUGAUUCGCGCCAUUUUCUCAACCGCGGAUCAACGGUGAUCAAUAUAAAAAGAAUUGAUUAGUCGAUAUAGGUACCUAAUAAAUAAAAGCAUUAUUUCGUGUAGCGUUUCAAAGAUAUAUCAUAUUUUGUAAAUUUUAUAGUGUCGCUAUAGCAUAUGUAACCUAUAUUAUAUUGUAUGUAUGUAUUUCCUGUGUUCUUAGCUAAGCUUAGCGCUCUGAGGACGAGUUUAUGUAUUUAUUUAUGUAUAAAAUAUUUAUUUAUAGCCACAAAAUUAGUCUACCCACUCAAGUAAUCCGCUUCCUACUAUUUAAUACCUACUCCUUGUUCAAAUGUCCCUUUCAUUAUAAUUGGCUGCCCUAUAAACUUAUGAUUUAGUUGCAACGGUCGACGGCCCUAUCAAUUAGAUAUACUUUAUUUGUAUUUUAGUCUAAAACUCUAUUGGCCUUGCAGUUUUUUGUCGAUGGCCAAUAUUGGAUAGUGCAGCCUUGCUACACUUUGAGAUCUAGGCACAAACUCACAAAAUGUACUAUCAUAAUUUUACUGUCUGACUCUUCUAUGUAUAAAACUAAUUCACACUAUGUAGCAAGCUCACUUUGAUCCUAUAAAAAUAGAUACAAUCACAGUAUGAAUCAAUAUUGAAUUAGCACAGUCGUAUUCUUUUAAUUAUUUUUAUUGUAUUAAGUUUUGCUCCGAUUUAACAGUUAAUAGUUCUUUAUUUGAGUCGUUUAUUGUAAUUGAGAUAUGUAAUAGUUUCAGGAAAGGGCGUCGACCUAUCCCUUGUUAAUUUAUUAAUCAAUUUAUUAACAUAUAAUAGGUAUACAAUCUGAUAUGUAAUUUUAUAUUGCUAGCUGUUGUGAAUAAGAUUUAUUUACAUUGAGAAACACUGAUAAUAAAUAGCCUUUUAUUGUGGAUGCUGGUAUAUGGUAGGUACACUGUAACAUGUGAAAUAACUAUUGUUGUUCUCAUUUCUAAGAGUAUUAUUCUAGUCUGCAUUAAAGUUAAGAAUAAACUGAACAAACUGA